AUGGGCGCCGCCGAUCACGGCGGGCACGGCGGCGGGGAUCACGGAAUGAAAUCGAGCGGCAGAGUAACGUCGCGGGACGUGUCGAUUAGCAGCAAGCGCGCGUUGCGGAGGAAGCUUAGAAAGUUUGUGGAUCCGCUGCCCAUUCCCCACCUCGUCAAUGCGGACCGGCUUCCAAAAGACUCUAACGGCGCCGCUGCUCUCACCAUCACCGCGUUUAGCGUGAAACGGAAAUUUCACCGCGAUCUGCCGUUAUCCCGCGCGUACGCGUUCGGGCUCACACGAAAGUCCGCCAGCGUGCCCGGGCCGACGAUCGCGGCGCGCGUCGGAGCGCCACUGCACGUGACGUGGCAGAACAACAUCACGGAUCAGCAGCAUAUCAUGCCCGUCGAUUACACGCUCAUGGCUCCCAAGCUCAAGAAGGGGGGCGUUCCAAUCACUGUUCAUUUGCACGGCGCACAGGUCUCCAGUUCCUACGACGGCCACCCUGAGGCUUGGCACACGCAGUGGGGAGAGAAAGGUCCCGAGUUCGAAUCCAGCCAGCACCGUUAUCCCAACAAGCAACCGCCCAGCACCAUGUGGUACCACGACCACACCUUGGGAAUUACGCGGCUCAACUUGUACUUCGGGAACUACAUGACCGUUAAUGGAAAGGUGACCCCCUACAUGGCGGUGCAGCGGCGCAAGUACCGCUUCCGUCUCAUCAACGGCUGCAACGCGCGUUUCCUCGAUCUCUCGCUCCGCGCCACGCCCUCCGUUUCUGACAACCCCAGCAGCACCGCCAACAGCUCCAGCACCACUUUUCCUUUCCUCCAAAUUGCAUCGGAAGCCGGUUAUCUCAACCACCCCGUAUUCCUCCGCAGGAUCACCGUCGCUACGGGGGAGCGCGCAGAGGUUAUUGUGGAUUUCAGUCAGCUUCCCGUGGGGGUGACAGUCCGGUUAAAGAACCGCGCUCGUGCACCGUAUCCUGGGGGUGAUUUACCCACAGGGGAUUUACAGUAUGUCAUGCAGUUCAACGUGGAGGGCAACCCGGUUGCAGACCCCUCUACAGUGCCGGGAACCCUAAACUCUAUCCCGCUUCUCAACCUGAAAAGCAUAGCCGCGACAAGGGAAAUCAUCCUUUCAGAAAUGGAAGACAUGGAGACUGGCAAUCCUUUAAUGGGGAUGAUUGACAAGAAGCACUUCAACGAGAAAAUUGAUAUAACACCGGCAUACGGCACCCGGGAACUAUGGUACAUUAUCAACCUUACAGACGACUCACACCCCAUCCACAUCCACUUCGGCCCACAUCGAAUCCUCUUUCGCCGACCAUUCAACAGAGACCUCUACCAAGUCAAGAAAUGCAGCGUUCUCAAGAGAAGUUGUUACACUGGCCCAGCUGUUUCACCCAGGAAGAACGAGAGGGGAUUGAAGGACACUACGAGGGCUCCCCCAGGGUAUGUGACUGCGCUGGUGGUGGAUUUUUUGCCGUGGAUGGGGAAGGAGCUGGGCUCUGAUCCGACUAAGGGGCCGGGGUACAUGAUUCACUGCCACAUCCUGGAUCAUGAGGACAAUGACAUGAUGCGUCUUUUCAAGAUUUUGCCCGGUAAGUAG